GCUAGUUGCGCUGAAUCCGGAGCACUCACAGAAGGAGCCUUUGCAGGCCGAGUCCGAUGACUUGGCAAAUGUGGAUGAUGGCGCAGGCGACCGGAAUCCGUCGUUGACGCGAGCGAAGGCUGUAUUCUCGGGAGAGAGCGGCUUGCGUGCAGUCCCAGACAAGCUUCAGGAGAAAGCCAUCUCCACUGCUAUCCACGUGGGUUGUCGUGGGCCUGCAGCGCGAGUGGCUGGAGCUGCAGCAGCUAUGACUGUCGAGGGCUAUGCGUUGUACAAAGAAAUUGGUCGGCAUUGCGAGCAGCUGGAAGAUAAGAACAUCAGCUCGGAGCAAUUCACGGAACGAAUUUGCGAGAGCACAGUGAGCUCCUCUGGCCGGGCUAUUGGUAGCUUGGCCGGAGCCGCGGUCGGUCAGGCCUCGAUUCCUGUUCCCGUGGUCGGCGCAGUGAUCGGUGGAGUUGCAGGUGCCGCUUGUGGUGGUUUCUAUGCCAACAGUCUGGUCCGCGGUGCUUGGCGUUUAUCAGGCGGCAAGGCAAAAGGUGGCGACGACAUCGUCAGAUGCGAAACCCCUGCAUGA